UUAGUUGCUAUUAAUUGAGAAAAUCGAACAGUCCAACUUUGUUGCUGUUUUUGUUGCAUACUUGAACUGCAGUGUUGAUCAUUUUUUUUUAUUUAAAAUGAACACUCAGAAGAUCAGUUUCCAAGAAAGAAAGCAUGUUUCUCCUAGAAAUGAUCAUACUUCAGAGAAUAAUAGCCAUUCUUCCCAAUUUUCUCAACUUCCUGGUCACCUAGGACUUUGCUUUCAGUCACCAACUAUGGAGCAAGGCUCAGAGAAACAAAAAUUCUGGCAUGCUAAUUCAUCGAGCACGAUUAUGAGUCGUAUUGGAUCACCAGCUUCUGCUUUUUAUGCAACCGAAUGCCACAUGGGGUUUCCCCAAUAUGAGUACCAAGCUGGUAAUCCCUCUGAUUGCCCCCAGAAAUUGAAAAGUUAUGAUCUUCAAAUCCCACCAUGUCAGCAAUCUGAAGAUGGCUUGUAUACCGAUCCACCAGAGAAAGCUGAACCAAACUUUCUCUGCAAAAGUGUCCCGCGAUUUUCUGCGAAGUCUCAAGUUUUUAUUAAUCAAUACCAUAGUCCUGAAAAGUCUGGUAAACUUCCAUGUAGCAAUCUUCCAGAGAAAGAACAUAUUGCGCAUCUGAAACGUAAAUUGCUGGAUGAUUUUGAUACUUCAGUUCACAUAGAUCAGAAUUACAGUGACUCGCCCAACCUGUAUGGUUCUCAACUUGCUCAUUUCGGGCAAUCUGCAGCACCUUAUGGAACUGUUAUGAUUACUUCUGGAACAGUUUUUUCAAGUAAAAGACGAAUUAGAUGGACUCAAGAACUUCAUGAUCGGUUUGUUGAGUGUGUAAAUUGUCUUGGUGGUGCUGACAAGGCAACACCAAAAGCAAUACUGAAGCUGAUGAACUCAGAGGGAUUGACAAUCUUUCAUGUCAAAAGCCAUUUGCAGAAAUAUCGAACAGAAAAGUACAUGGCCGAAUUUAAAGAAGGAAAAUCUGAGAAAAGGGCUUGUCAGAAUAAUUUAGCACUGAUCGACCUUAACACACAUACUUUCAACUUUUCGGGCAGUGGCUUGCAAAUUAAGGAGGCACUGCGACUACAGCUAGAUGUCCAGAGACGUCUUCGUGAGCAGUUAGAGCUUCAGCGAAACAUAUAGUUGAGGAUCGAAGAACAGAGCAGGCAACUGAAAAUGAUGUUCGAACAGCAAAGCAAAACAACAUUGUAGCCUCUGUCAAACUUUUAAUUGGAAUACCUAGUUGCAUGAUGCUCGGUGGAUUAGUCUUGAAGACAAGCAAGUUCUGUUCAAAAUAAGAUAGCUGCCAUAGCAACUUGGAUUUUUAUCUUUUCUCACAUAUAUGUUUUAACAGUUGUGCAUGAGCCUAUUGCAAGAGCUCAUUCCCU